AUGCAGUGCAACUUGGCGGCCUAUUUGACUCGUGUGCAGGGAGACAUAGAAAAUGGGAAAGCAGGCGAGAUAGCCGUGAUCGAGCUGGACCGCAAUCCUUUGAAGGAUUUCGGCGGCGGUAUAGUCUACGACGGCACCCCGCCUCUGCGAACAAAAGGGCCGAAGCUGUGGCUGCUUCGGACACAAGAUGUCAAGGAGAAGCGCCCUUGGCAAGAGCACAGCUUGCAUAGGUACAUGCUACAGGAGGAAAAAGCUAUGCUCCAGGGGCACGACCCCCGAACCCCGUGGCUCUUCAGCAGCCAGACCCAAGCAGAGAAAGCAAUCGGUAAUGCUUACCACCCUUUGCAUUUGGGCAUCAUGCUGUGCCCUUUGCUGGAGAUUGCUUUCCUGCAGGGCAAGUUGAAGUCCGAGCCGCAGACCAUUACUCAGGAAGAGUUGUGGCAGCUAACCCCUCCCCCAGAGGCAGCUCUGGCAGCUCAGCUGUCAGAAGAUGAACAAGCCGCAGUUCACCCGGAGCCAACGAUGCCACUGCCCAUAAAGGUGAAGGUUGAGCCUGGGUGCAAGACUUGGGCAGUUCACCCGGAGCCAACGAUGCCACUGCCCAUAAAGGUGAAGGUUGAGCCUGAGUGCAAGACUUGGGCAGUUCACCCGGAGCCAACGAUGCCACUGCCCAUAAAGGUGGAGACUUGGGCUUCCGGCAGACUCAAAAUGGAAAGGUCCAAGCGGGACUCUGUGGUGAAUUUGGCUUCACCGCAGAGGCGGGUCCGGAGAAAGAGAGGCGACUGCUAG